CUCGCGGCACGUACUGCAUUCUCCCUAUAUACAUUAUUCUUGUUUUAGAUUAAACAAUAUUUAUGAAAUGUUUUAUCUUAUUUUGUAACCGCGCAGAACUGACAAUGUUUGAAAGCACUUGAUUCUGUUUUCUCACCGACGUUACCGAUUCUUAGGCUGGAGUUUACUGAAGCCACAGCAGUUAGGUGUCAGUCUAACUGUAAGACUAUUAAUUGUUUAUUGUGGUUUCAGACCUACUUCAACCUGUUAAAACGCACUUCGCUGCUAGCGCUGUACGGCGCUCCUGAUGACGUCGCAGACCUACAGAGAGAAAUACGGUAACAGGAGGAUACUAGGAGAGGCCGGGCUGCAUCUUCUCUGCAGCUGUAACAGCAUCAGGAGCGAUACUGCCGGCUCUUCGACACGGAGAUCCACCCGUGUUGUACGGAAACGCCGUUGCCUUAGUCACACAACGACAGGUUUUCCCCAAAGUCUCAGAAUCCCCCCUAGGAAACAUGCCUAAUAAACGAAAGGAAAGAAAUAGUUGGGGUGGAUUUACAGACAAAAACUAUGACUGGAGCUCAGAAGAUGAAGAGUCUGCACAGAAAGCCCAUCCAGUCCAGGUGCUUGUUGUAAGAGAUGACCAUUCUUUUGAAUUGGAUGAAGCUGCUUUAAAUCGUAUCCUUCUCUCUGAGGCAGUCAGGGACCGGGAAGUGGUUACUGUGUCUGUGGCUGGAGCAUUUAGAAAAGGAAAGUCAUUCCUAAUGGACUUUAUGUUGCGAUAUAUGCUUGAUAAGGAUUCAUGUGAUUGGCUGGGAGAUCAUGAUGAACCCCUGACUGGUUUCUCUUGGAGAGGAGGGUCAGAGCGAGAGACAACAGGCAUUCAGAUUUGGAGUGAAGUGUUCCUUGUUGAUAAACCUGAUGGCAAAAAGGUUGCAGUAUUACUAAUGGACACACAAGGGACAUUUGACAGUCAGUCUACACUUCGAGAUUCUGCCACAGUGUUUGCACUUAGCACAAUGAUCAGCUCUAUACAGGUAUACAACUUGUCACAAAAUGUUCAAGAGGAUGAUCUUCAGCAUUUGCAGCUUUUCACAGAGUAUGGCAGACUGGCUAUGGAAGAAACAUUCCUCAAACCAUUUCAGUCAUUAAUAUUCCUUGUUCGAGAUUGGAGCUUUCCAUAUGAAUUUCCUUAUGGUGUUGAUGGAGGUAUGAGGUUUUUGGAAAAACGACUUAAGGUUUCAGAAAACCAACAUGAAGAACUGCAGAAUGUCAGAAAACACAUCCAUUCCUGUUUCACUAACAUAUCAUGUUUCUUAAUGCCACAUCCUGGUCUGAAAGUAGCAACCAACCCACACUUCGAUGGACGACUAAAAGAAAUAGAUGAACAAUUCACUACACACUUGAAAGUAUUAAUUCCUUGGAUCCUUGGUCCAGAAAGUCUGGAUGUCAAAGAAAUUAAUGGAAAUAAAAUUACAUGCCGAGGCCUUGUUGAAUACUUUAAGGCAUACAUAAAGAUUUAUCAAGGUGAAGAACUACCGCAUCCCAAAUCUAUGCUCCAGGCUACAGCUGAAGCCAAUAACUUAGCCGCUGUUGCAACAGCCAAGGAUCUCUAUAGCAAGAAGAUGGAAGAGGUCUGUGGAGGUGACAGGCCAUUCUUAGCACCAAACGAUCUUCAGAAUAAGCACCUAGCAUUUCGAGAGGAGGCUAUAAAAUUGUUCCGGGGAGUCAAAAAGAUGGGAGGAGAAGAGUUCAGUCGACGUUACUUGCAGCAGCUGGAAAAUGAAAUGGAUGAGAUUUAUAUCCAGUAUAUUAAACACAAUGACAGCAAGAAUAUAUUCCAUGCUGCUCGAACCCCUGCCACAUUGUUUGUGGUGAUCUUUAUCAUGUAUGUGAUAGCUGGAGUCACAGGAUUUAUUGGUGUGGACAUUAUAGCUAGUCUGUGCAACAUGAUAAUGGGACUGGCUCUUAUUACAUUAUGUACCUGGGCCUAUAUCAGAUACUCUGGGGAAUACAGAGAAUUAGGAGCUGUAAUAGACCAAGUAGCUGGAGCCUUAUGGGAUCAGGGAAGUACAAAUGAGGCAUUGUACAGGCUUUAUAGUGCUGCAGCAAACCACAGUUACCUGUACCACCAUGCCUUUCCUGCACAACAGUCCAAUAAAAAGGAAGAUACAGAAAAAAAGCAAAUGUGACCCUUCAUUUUUUCAGCUGCAUAAGUGCAUGAAUGAAGGUUUACAUUCAUCGUUCUUGGCCAGUUUUCUCAGUGUUGUAUACAUGUAUAGCAAAUAUGCUGUUCUCCACAUGGGGAAUAAAGAAUGAACCACUUGUAAAACA